UCAACAGUGGUUAGACCAGGACCAUGGAGCUCAGUGUUCUGCUCCUCCUUGCUCUCACUGCAGGCUUCUUGUUUUUCUUAGUCAGCCAAAGUCAGCCAAAAACUCAUAGCCACUUCCCACCAGGACCCCGUCCUCUGCCCUUCUUGGGGAACCUCUUGCAGAUGGACAGAAGAGGUCUUCUGAACUCUUUCAUGCAGCUUCGUGACAAACAUGGAGAUGUGUUCACAGUGCACCUGGGACCAAGGCCCGUGGUCAUGCUGUGUGGGACAGACACCAUAAGGGAGGCUCUAGUGGACCAUGCUGAGGCUUUCUCUGGCCGGGGGACAGUUGCUGUGCUUGAUCCAAUUGUUCAGGGAUAUGGUGUGAUCUUUGCCAGUGGGGAACGUUGGAAGACCCUUCGACGAUUCUCUCUGGCCACCAUGAAAGACUUUGGGAUGGGAAAGCGGAGUGUGGAGGAGUGGAUUCAGGAGGAAGCCCAAUGUUUGGUAGAGGAACUGAAGAAAUAUGAGGGAGCCCCCCUGAACCCCACCUUCUUCUUCCAGUCCGUCGCAGCAAAUAUCAUCUGCUCCAUUGUCUUUGGAGAGCGCUUUGACUACAAAGACCACCAAUUCCUUCAUCUCCUGGAACUGAUCUAUAAGACAUUUUCCCUCAUGGGCUCAUUUUCCAGCCAGGUGUUUGAGCUCUUCUCUGCUGUCCUGAAGUACUUUCCUGGCACCCACAGACAAAUCUCCAAAAACCUGCAGGAAAUCCUUGACUACAUUGGCCAUAGUGUGGAGAAGCACAGGGCCACCUUGAACCCCAGCGCUCCACGAGACUUCAUUGAUACCUACCUUCUGCGCAUGGAGAAGGAGAAGGCCAACCACCACACAGAGUUCCAUCACCAGAACCUCAUGAUCUCUGUACUCUCUCUCUUCUUUGCUGGCACCGAGACCACCAGCACCACGCUCCGCUACAGCUUCCUGAUCAUGCUCAAGUAUCCCCAUGUCGCAGAGAAAGUCCAAGAGGAGAUUGAUCAGGUGAUUGGCUCACACCGAUUACCGACUCUUGAUGAUCGUACCAAAAUGCCAUACACUGAUGCAGUCAUCCACGAAAUUCAGAGAUUUACAGAUCUUGCCCCAAUUGGUCUACCACACAGAGUCACCAAAGACACACUGUUCCGUGGGUACCUGCUGCCCAAGAACACUGAGGUGUACCCCAUCCUGAGUUCAGCUCUUCAUGACCCACGGUACUUUGAACAACCAGACACCUUCAAUCCUGAGCACUUCCUGGAUGCCAAUGGGGCACUGAAGAAAAGUGAAGCUUUUCUGCCCUUCUCCACGGGAAAGCGUAUGUGUCUUGGAGAAGGCAUUGCCCGCAAUGAAUUGUUCCUUUUCUUCACCACCAUCCUCCAGAACUUCUCUUUGGCCAGCCCUGUAGCUCCUGAGAACAUUGACCUCACUUCCAAUAACAGUGGUGCAGCCAAAACACCCCCACCAUACCAGAUUCACUUCCUGUCCCGCUGAAUGGGCUGAGAGAGAAGAGUCAGUGGGCUUCAGGUUCUCAUGUGUCCCCAUUUCCGUCCCCUGUGAAUGGAAUAGGAAAAGCCAGUGAAGUGCCUUUCUUGAUGUACGGACAGAGAGACUUCAGGAGGCCACAGCUUGUUCUGAGUCAUCUCUCUCAUGCUUGUUAACAGUCAUAAUCCCUGCUUGCUAGAGCAAUCUAGACUCCAUGAUUGGUGCUGACAGGCUAGAGAUGGUCUCUCUUGAGAUGGCUCCAUCAUACUCCCAUGUGUUGUGUUGGAGGUCAUGUUUGAGAAUUCCCUUUAUAGAUGAGUAACGGGCCACAUGCUGACAUUACACUGCUAAUGAGUAAGGGGGAACAAGAUCACCCUGUGAGUCUAGAACAGCACUUCUCCUCUCCUACUUGUGUUUAAAUUGAGAUGAAACUCAUAUAAUGAAGCUGACAAUUUUUUUAGUUUCAUAUUCUGAGACAGAGUCUCAUGUACCUCAGACCAACCUCAAAAUCCUAUAUACAUCCAAAGAUGUCUUGAAUUUCCAGUGCUGGCAUCAUAAGCACAUGGACCUACACCCAGAUUUUAAACUGACUAUAUCUUAAUGUCUAGAUUAUAAUGCCUUUUAAUUUAUUCACAACACUGUAUGACUUCACUAUCUAAUUCCAGGUAGUUUGUCACAUUUAACCAACACCACCCCAAGCCCUGACCUAUUAAAAAAUUAGCUCCUCGUCCCCUCUCUCCAUAACCUCCCUCACACCCAGCACCUCCCCUGCCACACGCAAUCUGAGCUCUGUGUCAAUGGACUAGCCUGACUAGUGUGUCUCAUAGAAAAAGCAACAAUGUGAUUUUUUAUGUCAUCUGUCCCUGCUUCUUAGGUCCCUGUACUGUGCAUGCCACAGUCACACACCUUCACAGACUCUUCCCAUUCUCUUUCUUAGAUUCCUCUCCCUGCAUCUUCUCUCUAGACAAGGAUCUCCUCAGCCCUCAGACCCUGAGCUGCAUGACUUAGAUUCUCGCACAGACCCCUGUUAAGUCCUCCACAAAUCUCACAAAUACACAAAGCCUUCCUCACCAAUCAAGAAAGAAUCCCUGCUAUGAUUUUGAGUGUUGGUUGCUUGCUUGUUUGUUGAGACAAGAUCUCACUAUGUAACCCUGGUUGGUCUUGAGCUCACAAAAGUCCAUCUGCCUCAACCUCCUGAGAGCUGGGAUUAGAGGUUUGUGAUGCCAUGCCUUGGUUAAACACUGCUGAAGGUU